AUGCCUGACUACAAGCCCAUGUCUAGCAGUCGCUGCGACAAAUAUAAACCUAAUUCCGGCCAUAAGAAGAGGCGUGGCGACAAAGAACCCAAAGCAGCUCGAGCCAAAAUUCUCCGGGCCAAACAGAGAGAACAUGUUAUUAGCCCCGAAAUCGAGACAACCCGCCCAUGGGGAAUGCCCAACGCCUCUAGCAUCGAAACCGAACGCCUAGUGAACCUCGUUCAAAUGCCCUUACUUUUAUCCCAAUCGGUGUCUAUCGCUGGCCAAGUCGCCCCCCCCCUUCCCCCCCCCACAACCGCUACACCCACCACUGCCGGUGACUUUACAGCUUCAGGAGAAGAAGAAACUGUUGGUCCAGACUACCAGUUACCCGAACUCUCAGCACAUUCGCAUCCUCGAACAAUAGAGGAGCUUGACGCCUGUGCUACCAAAAUCAUCGAGAGCAGCGCUCACAAGCUACCGCCGCUAUACAUUAGGGCAAGGUAG